AUGGAGGAGUGGAGGCAAUGCGGGCGGUGGUUGAUAGACUGCAAGGUCCUGCCUCCGAACCACCGGGUCGUGUGGCCCUCGGCCGCCGUCUUCGACCUGGCACAGGCUCUGCGAGACGGGGUGCUUCUCUGCCAGAUGUUGCACAACCUCUCCCCCGGGUCAGUGGACCUGAAGGAGAUCAAUUUCAGACCCCAGAUGUCACAGGUGAGCAAACUUAGACACCGGGCGGGCGGGCGGGCGAGGGAUUUUCUGGGUAAUUUAAUCUCGGUGUUAGGUCUGCUGCUGACCCAUGACCCCAGUGCUCGCCGGAUGCAGAGGGCCGUCGGCUCUUGUAAAAUGAAUGAAUGCGAGGUUGUAAAAGCGCUCAGCCCGCAGUGUGCUCAGCAGAAUGAAAGCAAAGCAGCAUCAGUGGAGACCGGAGUGGGCAAGCGGUCAAGUGGGUCGUACGCUUAA